UCAAAAUAUUAUAUUUCCACAGCUCUCUUUCAACAACAACCCUCUCUCAGAAAACGUAACCUUCCAUCUGACCCUGCUAGCUAGCUACUUAUUAUUUGCAUAAAUAUUCAAAUGUUUUGUCAUCCAUAUUGGCAUCUGUAAUCAAUUUCUCAAUAGCACAUUAACAUGGCAAUAAUGUACCAAGCACCCUCAUCACUAAUUCUUUCUCUCUUUCUCUUUAUUGGGUUUCUAUCUUCCACAUCUGAAUCUGCUCUAGUAAAGUACCAGUUUGAUGUCCAAGUGAAGAAUGUGAGCCGGUUAUGCCACUCAAAACCAAUAGUCACAGUAAAUGGAAUGUUUCCAGGGCCUACUAUUUAUGUCCGAGAGGGAGAUAGACUUCUCAUCAAUGUCACUAACCACGCUCAGUAUAAUGUAUCCAUUCAUUGGCAUGGUUUGAAGCAAUUUCGCAAUGGGUGGGCAGAUGGACCAGCAUACAUAACACAAUGUCCAAUCAAGACAGGUCACAGCUACACCUAUGAUAUCAAUGUUACAGAUCAACGUGGUACAUUAUGGUGGCAUGCACAUAUUUUGUGGCUUAGAGCUACCGUUUAUGGUGCCAUUGUUGUAAUGCCUAAACAAGGAGCUUCAUUUCCUUUUCCUCAACCCAACCAAGAAGCUAAUAUUAUCUUAGGAGAGUGGUGGAACACAGAUGUUGAAACAAGUGUGAACCAAGCAAACAAAUUGGGGUUGCCACCACCCCAAUCUGAUGCUCAUACCAUUAAUGGAAAACCAGGGCCACUCUUCCCUUGUUCAGAAAAACAUACUUAUGCCAUGGAAGUUGAGAGGGGAAAAACAUACCUCCUGAGGAUAAUCAAUGCUGCACUUAAUGACGAACUAUUCUUCGCCAUAGCAGGACACAACAUGACCGUGGUUGAAAUAGAUGCAGUCUACACAAAGCCCUUCACAACAAAAUCAAUACUAAUUGCACCAGGCCAAACGACAAACGUACUUGUUAAGGCUGACCAACCUCCAAACAGGUAUUUCAUGGCAGCCAGGCCAUUCAUGGACGCACCAGUACCAGUAGACAACAAGACAGUCACAGCCAUUUUACAAUACAAAGGUGUACCAAACACAGUCUUACCAAUCUUACCACAACUCCCACGUCCAAACGAUACUAAUGUAGCAUUCAACUACAACAACCAGCUCAAGAGUUUGAACACACCACAGUUCCCUGCUAAAGUCCCUACCAAAGUGGACCGUCACUUAUUUUACACCAUUGGUUUGGGCCAAAACUCAUGUCCGACUUGUCUAAAUGGGACUCAGUUUGCAGCAUCUUUGAACAACAUUACCUUUGUUAUGCCUCAAGUGGGGCUGUUGCAGGCUCAUUACUUCAACAUUUCAGGUGUUUUCAGGGCUAACUUCCCUGACAAACCUCCAGUUCCAUUCAACUAUACUGGUGCCCCACUGACCGCCAAUCUCGGUUCUUCUUUAGGGACAAGGCUAAGUAAGGUGGCCUACAAUUCAAGUGUUGAGCUGGUUUUGCAAGAUACCAAUCUUCUGACUGUUGAGUCCCACCCUUUUCAUCUUCAUGGAUAUAAUUUCUUUGUGAUUGGGAGUGGGGUUGGGAAUUUUGACCCUGCUAAAGAUCCUGCAAAAUAUAACCUUGUUGACCCUCCUGAGAGAAACACUGUUGGUGUCCCUACUGGUGGUUGGACUGCAAUAAGGUUCAGAGCUGAUAAUCCUGGUGUGUGGUUUAUGCAUUGUCACCUUGAGUUGCACACCAUGUGGGGUUUGAAAAUGGCUUUUGUUGUUGAGAAUGGGAAGUUGCCAAGCCAAUCAAUCUUGCCACCACCAAAAGAUCUUCCACCCUGCUAACCAAAACAAACGACACGUCGUUCGAUGGAGCUCUUACUUAAUUCAUUUUAUUUGUUCUGAUUUCAUUCAUUGUCGUUUUUUCUUUCUCCUUUCUUUUGUAGCAAUUCAUUGUCAUUUUCAAAUAUAUCUGUUUCUUUGUUCUUUUAGAAACAACAUACAUCAUGUCAUUGACUUCACAAUUGUAUAAUUAUGAAACUAUAGCUGAGAUUUGUAUGAGAUUGCUUCGUGUACGUAUAAUUAAUGGAAUCAAUAAUCAUUGAGAUAA